AUGAAUGCCAGCUUGGGGUCCCCUCCGGGCGGUGGCCCCGAAUCGUGCCAGCAACUGGCGGCCAGAGGCGACAGCGCGCUCAUCGUCCUGCAUUACAACCACUCAGGCCGCCUGGCUGGACGCGGGGGGCCCCAGGAUGCAGGGGCUGGGGUGCUGCGCGCCCUCUUCGUGGCCGUGAGCUGCCUGGUCGUGCUGGAGAACCUGUUGGUGCUGGUGGCCAUCAUGCUCCGCAUGCGCUCGCGUCACUGGGUCUACUAUUGCUUGGUGAACAUCACUUUCAGCGAUCUGCUGACCGGGGCGGCCUACCUGGCCAACGUGCUGCUGUCGGGGACACACACCUUCCACCUGGCCCCCACGCAGUGGUUCCUGCGCGAGGGGCUGCUCUUCAUGGCCCUGGCCGCGUCCACCUUCAGCCUGCUCUUCACGGCGGCCGAGCGCUUCGCCACCAUGGUGCGCCUGGUGACCGAGAACCGGGCCACCAAGAGGGCACGCGUGUACGGCUGCCUCGGCCUGUGCUGGCUGCUGGCUGCCCUCCUGGGCGCGCUGCCCCUGCUGGGCUGGAACUGCGUGUGCGCCUUCCCACGCUGCUCCAGCCUGCUGCCACUCUAUGCCAAGGACUACGUGCUCUUCUGCUUGGCCGUGUUCGGCCUGGUGCUGGCCUCCAUCCUGCUGCUCUACGGGGCCAUCUUCCGCCUGGUGCAGGCCAGUGGGCGCCAGGCUAGCCCCCGGCAGCAGGCCCGGCGCAAGGCCCGUCGGCUGCUCAUCACCGUGCUGCUCAUCCUGGUGGCCUUCGUGGUGUGCUGGGGCCCCAUGUUUGGCCUGUUGCUGGCCGAUGUCUUCGGUUCCGACGUGUGGGCACAGGAGUACCUGCGGGGCAUGGACUGGAUCCUGGCCCUGGCCGUGCUCAACUCGGCCGUCAACCCGCUCAUCUACUCGUUCCGCAGCCGCGAGGUGUGCCGGGCCGUGCUGGGCUUCCUGUGUUGUGGGUGUCUGCGCCUGGGCGUGCGGGGCCCCCGGGACUGUCUGGCCCGCGCCGCCGAGGCCCACUCGGCCGCCUCUACCACUGACAGCUCGCUGCAGCGUCGGGAGAGUUUCCGCGGGUCCCGCUCGCUGAGCUUUCGCAUGCGGGAGCCCCUGUCCAGCGUGUCUAGCGUCCGGAGCAUCUGA